AUGCCGAAAUUGCCAAACGUGGACGACUUCCCAUCAUUUGGUGAAGUCAAACCACUAGACGAGGGUUUCAGAUGUAUUUGGUAUCUCCCCGAUGAAAAGCGGAGAUGCAGAAACCGAAUAGAACGCGAUAAUCGCCGGGCCGCAGCCUCUGUACACAGAGAGCUCUUGGAAACUCCACCAGGAGGAGACUUGAUUGAAAAGUCAACGUUGCUGGCAGAAUUGACUUGCUGCAAGAGAGAUCAUCUCCCAGAACUGCGAAAAUCAGACCUGGGAGCAAGCAUCCCCAAAAGGUGGCGCAGAGAAAUCCGAACAGCAUCUGGGGUGCCCAGCGAUGUUGAACGCAAGGCAUCAUGCAGCGCGGAUUCGAAAGGCAUCCGGCCAAAGGAGACUGCGAGGGUUACCUGCAUACAAUCUCCAGAACACCCUCCAAGGUACAACCUGAGAUCCCGGACUGUCUGUGAAGCUUCAAGCUGCCCGACAACCGUGAAGUCUGAGAGCCAGCAUCAUGUCUCACAUUUCGUGCCUCGCACCUGCGCCUCUGGUAUAACGUUGUCCACGAAAUUGCUUGAACCGUUAGAGCCACCAACGAAAAAGAAAAAGCAACAAGGGGACUUAUCACCAUCUUGGAAGAAGAAAGGCUCGAUAUAUUGUUUCAGCCGCAAGUCGGACCCGGGUAUGCUGAAGAUAGGCCGAACUGUGGGCUCGAUCGAUCAGCGGCUGGAGAAAUGGAAAAGAGACUGCCAGUACAAACCAAGGGUGAAAUUUGUUGCCGAGCAUGUCCCACAUGUACAGCGUGCCGAGGCCCUGGUACAUUACGAGCUGCAAAGAUACUGGCGGAGAGAGACAAAAUGCAGACAUAAUCCUGAUUGUAUCAGGAAACACCAAGAGUGGUUUGAGGUCGAUAUCGAGACUGCCAAAAGAGCCAUCAAGAAUAUCUCCACCUGGCUCCGAUUCGGACAUCCUUAUGACGAGCAGGGAUAUCUUGUCGACAGGUGGAGGGAGGUAAUACGAGAAAUGGAGAGAGAGCGUAUUGAGGUAACUGCCCAAGCCCUGGUGGAUGCUCUGCAUGACAUUGAAAGGAAAGCCGAGCAGAUUGAACCUCCGCUUUCUUCCCCUGAGAUUAAUCGAACAGGUCGCAGUCCAGGGCGAAAUGCUCAGGCUAUCGCACUUUCGGGUGCUGAAGGCAAAGCGCUGGAGGCGCUGUGGGACGUAUUUAUCAAGUCCAUUCCCUCACUGUUCGUAUCGAAGCGUGGCAAGUCGAGGAGAAGAGUCGUUCAAUUUCCCUUCAGGUCGAUUUAA